AUGGGGUGCGGGUCCAGCGCGCCCGUCGCCGAGGGCGUCGCGCGCGGUCCGCUCACGUUGACGCGCGAGGACGCGCGCGCGUUCGAGCGCGUUCGAGCGCGGUACGCGAAGAUUACCAAUCCUCCGCAGACGACCGCGAUGGGAGCGAUGGGUGCGGUGGCGCCCGACGUCUCGGCGCUGCGUGCGCUGUGCGCGUCCCUGGGAGAGGUGGACAUCGAACGCGCCGUGAAGGUGUUCGCGACGUCGAUGAAAGAGGCCGGAAACGCGGCGAGCGGGGAGCUGGAGCCGGUCAAGGCGGAAAAGAAGACGGCGCGCGGGAGCGAGGACGCCCGGCGAUGGCGCGAGCUCGGCGCGGCGGCGAUUCGAGAGAACAAGCUCGCGGUGGUGCUCUUAGCGGGAGGACAGGGCACGAGAUUAGGGAGCGAUAAGCCCAAGGGGAUGUACAACAUUGGAUUACCGAGUAACAAAUCGUUGUUUGAACUUCAGGGAGAGCGGUUGCGAAAACUGGGUGCGCUCGCGCGCGGCGCGGCGCCGGUGUGGUACGUCAUGACGUCGCCGUUCACGCACGACAUGACGGUGGAAUAUUUUAAAUCUAAAUCAUUUUUUGGUCUGGACGAGAAGGAUGUCUUCUUCUUCAAGCAAGGUACGCUUCCGUGCUUCACGGAAGCUGGUGAGAUCAUCCUAUCAAGUCUCAAGGACGUGGCGCAGGCGCCUGACGGUAACGGAGGCAUCUACGCCGCAAUGGCUCGCGAGGGUGUGAUCAAAGACAUGAAGCGACGCGGUAUCGAGCACGUGUACGUAUAUUGCGUGGACAACGCUCUAGUUCAAGUGGGCGACCCUGCGUUCGUGGGACGUUGCAUCGAGAGCGGCUGCGAGGCGGGCGCCAAGGUGAUCCCGAAAGCCUACCCCACUGAGCCAGUCGGUGUGUUCGCGACGCGGAAAAAUCCACUGACGGGUAAGAAGGAGGUACAUGUUGUCGAAUACAGCGAGAUUCCCGAAGAGAUGGCGACGGAGAAGGACAAAAGAACGGGUGAGCUCCGAUUUAACGCCGCCAACAUCGCCUUGCACUAUUUUUCCUUCAACUUCUUGUCCAAGUGUUGCCUGGAGAUUGAGCUUCCUCAUCACAUUGCUCGUAAAAAGAUUCCAUACGUAGACUUGACGACCGGAUUAACGGUCAAACCGACCGAGCCGAACGGGAUAAAACUUGAGGCUUUCAUCUUUGACGUCUACCGAUUCGCCGAAUCCGUGUGCUUCGUUCAGGGCGAUCGAGCCGAGGACUUUGCCCCGGUCAAAAACGCGGAGGGCGCCGGAAAAGACUCCCCGGAUACCGCCCGCGACCUCAUUACAAAACUGCACGCGCGCUGGAUCGCCGACGCCGGCGGUUGCGUCGCCAAAGCCAAAAAAGGAGAUAAAACGCCUCGAUGCGAAGUCGCCCCGAGCGUCUCCUACGCCGGCGAGGGCAUUCCUCGAGGCGCCAAGCUCGCGCACCUCGCGCACGUCGCCGAGCUCGCAGACUUCGAGCUCGGCGUCCAGUGA